AUUAGUCGUAAAAUGAAAUAUUUACAGUCAUAGUCUGUGAGAAAAAUUGUGCUAGAAUCAAUCGGAAAGUAUCAAUAGAAUUUUUCGAUGAAUUAUUCAUUAAAUAGUUAAAUUUACAUGAUGACUGUACUAAAUCUAUUAAAAAACAGUGUAAAUAUUGCAUCUAGAACAGCUAAUUUACAAUAUAGAGGGAAUUUCGUCACAAAUCUAAGGUUAACUACUUUUAGAUUCUUAAGUUCCAAUGGUCAAACCUAUGAGUACGAUUUAGUCGUGAUUGGAGGUGGUUCCGGUGGAUUAGCAUGUGCAAAAGAAGCAGCACAAUUGGGAGCGAAAGUUGCCGUACUUGAUUUCGUUAAACCAACACCAUUGGGAACAAAGUGGGGUCUCGGAGGAACAUGUGUAAAUGUCGGUUGUAUUCCUAAGAAACUCAUGCAUCAAGCCUCUUUACUCGGAGAAGCCAUUCAUGACUCAAAGGCAUAUGGAUGGGAACUCGAGAAGCCAGAAAAGAUCAAUUGGACAAAGUUGACAGAAUCAGUUCAGAAUCACAUUAAAUCCGUAAAUUGGGUGACACGAGUUGAUUUGCGUGAUAAGAAAGUUGAAUAUAUCAAUGGCCUUGGAUACUUUAAAGAUAAUCAUAAUGUUCAUGUUGUUAUGAAGAACAAAAAGGAACGUACAUUAAAUUCCAAGUAUGUUGUAAUUGCUUGCGGUGGACGUCCAAAAUACCCAGAUAUUCCAGGAGCACAAGAAUAUGGCAUUACAAGUGAUGACAUUUUCUCAUUAGACCGUGAACCAGGCAAAACUCUUGUCGUUGGAUGUGGAUAUAUUGGAUUAGAAUGUGCUGGAUUCCUUAAAGGAUUGGGCUAUGAGUCAACAAUUUUGGUUCGUUCAAUCGUUUUGCGUGGAUUUGACAGACAAUUGUCAGAUAUGAUCAAAUUAUCAAUGGAAGAAAAGGGAGUUGUUUUUCAUAUGGGCUCAAAGCCUCAGGCUGUUGAGAAACUUGAUGAUGGAAAAUUGCUUGUUAAAUGGACAUUUAAUGAGAAGCCAGAGGAAGUUCAUGAAGAAAUUUAUGAUACAGUUUUGUUCGCAAUUGGACGAUAUGCCUUAGUUGAUGACAUGCAUCUUGCUAAAGCUGGCGUUAAUGUCAUCGAAGGAAAGGUCGAUGUUGAUAUAAACUCAAAGACUAAUGUAGAUAAUAUUUAUGCAGUUGGUGAUGUUCUUUAUAAGAAGCCUGAAUUAACACCAGUUGCAAUUAAUGCUGGUCGAAUUAUUGCAAGACAUCUCUUUAAUAAUUCCGAUGAAGUUAUGGAUUAUGAUGAUGUUGCUACGACUGUAUUUUCACCACUCGAAUAUGGAUGUGUUGGAUUGAGUGAAGAAAAAGCAAUUGAAAGACACGGUGCUGAUAACAUUGAAGUUUAUCAUGCUUACUACAAACCAACUGAAUUCUUCGUUCCUCAACGUUCUAUUCGUUAUUGUUACUUAAAAGCUAUUGCAAUUAAAGGAGGUGAUGAGAAAAUCGUUGGAAUGCACUUCUUGGGACCAGUUGCUGGUGAAAUUAUUCAAGGUUUUGCUGCUGCAUUGAAAGCAGGCAUCACAAUGAAGAUCCUUAAAAAUACUGUCGGUAUUCAUCCAACGGUUGCUGAAGAAUUUACUCGUCUCAUGAUCACAAAGAGUUCAGGACUUGAUCCAACACCAGCAACAUGCUGCAGUUAAGGAGAGAACACAAAGUGUUAAAAGACAUUACAUACUCCUCAAUAUUAAUGCCUAUAAAAUGCCUGUUACUUUCUUGUUCUAUAUUAUUUCCGAUCUAUAUUUUAAUUCAAAAUUCGUACAAUUAUAUUAAAAAGUUAUACACAUUAGGGUAGCUUCAGUAUUUCAAUUAUUGAAAAUUAUUUUUUUCAGAUUGAUACCAUUUUAGUUGAUUCCAAAUACAUUCAUUCGUUGAAGCAACAAUAAAC